AUGCAGUCUACUUCUCAUUGUAAGCCUAACCUUGUCAUAUACAACACUAUUAUUGAUAGUCUCUGUAAGGACAGCCUAUUACAACAAGCUAUGGACCUUUUCUCCGCUAUGAAACACGAGGGCAUUCGACCCGAUGUUGUCACUUAUAACUCCUUGAUUCGAGGCUUCUACAAUUCUGGAUGCAGGGUAGAGGCUAAGGGUGUGCUGACUGAGAUGUUAAAGAGCAAUAUACCACCUGAUGUUAAGACCUACAGCAUGCUGGUUGACAUGUUUUGUAAAGAUGGGAAUGUUGUGGAAGCACAAUCCACACUGAAGCUCAUGACUCACAAAGGUGUAGCUCCAAACAUCAUUACUUACAAUGCUUUACUUGAUGGUUAUUGUUUGCGUGGUCAAAUGCAAGAUGCAGAAAAGCUACUUGAUAGCAUGGCCCAAAAAGGUUGUGAGCCUAAUCUUAGAAGUUUGAAUACUAUGAUCAAUGGAUAUGUCAAGCUCAAAAACGUUGACAAGGCUCUUACUAUAUUACAAAAUAUGUUUCAGAAAGGAAUAACACCAGGUGUUGUAACCUAUAACACCCUUAUUGAUGGCUUGUGUAAAGCCAAUAGACUUGCACUUGCACGCCAGUUUUUCACAGAUAUGCAAGCUCAUGGAAUUACACCUGAUGUUGUCGCAUAUAAUUCAUUGAUUGAUGGCCUGUGCAAAAGUGCACAUCUUGAUGAGGCAGUGGCAGUACUUGAAGAUAUGGAGGAUAAAGGUAUCAAGCCUAAUACUGUCACUUACAAUAUCCUAAUGAACAGCUUGUGUGAGGAUGGGCAACUUGAAGAUGCAGCAAAAUUCUUCUCUGAUCUUGUGUCAAAGGGUCUGCAGCCUAAUCGUAAGACAUACACUGUAUUGGUUAAAGGCUUUUGCAAGAAGGGGUUGAUGAAUGAAGCUGUUGAUAUUUUGAAUAAAAUGGAAAAAGAUGGUUGUUUACCCAAUGAUAUUACCUACAACACACUCAUCAGAGGAUAUGUUCUCAAUAAUGACUUUUCCAAGGCAUUAUACUAUCGUGAUCUUAUGGUUAGCAAAGGCUUUGAAGCUGAUGCGCCCACUUUCAUUAUUUGUUGA